CACUGUCGCGACAAUACGAUAUGCGAGCGGACCAGCCAGCACCGACAUCCUGCAUGCUACGCGACCCGGGCAGCCGAUCCUGAGGUAUGGCGAGGAUGUGGACCGACGCAGAAAACGAACAUCGAGCAUGACCCAAGGAUGGCUUCCAGGCGGUCUUCAAUGCAGCGAGGAUACCUGCGGGCUGCAAUGUUGGGAUAAGAGACGCAAGCAGGGAGGGGGGCACGCUUCAGGCACAUAUAAACACACCCAAUGACGAAGAAGAGCCUGGAUAUCCAGAUUGAGACAUCAUGAACAACUGCAGCGUAGAAUAGGCAUCGUGUCCGCGGGCUCGAAAGGAGAGAAUACGGGCUCUGAAAGCUUCGUUUGCGAGCGCAACACCAUCAUGCCUUGAAGCGGUGGAUCAUCAGCAUCAUUGAACGUGUGUGAUGAACCAUGAAAUGCAUCAUGAUGUACAGCGACUCGUCUAUGAACAACGCAGCUCAUUUUGCAUUCACUGCAUACCAGUUCGCCUUUAUUUGCCUUGGCUCGGACGUCCAAUUGCGAUUCGCAACCACCGACCAUCCUUUCCCCUCGAGCAAGAUUGACACAAUGACAUUGCCAAAACACGCUCUCGCCUACGAAAAUUGCACGCUCGAUGAACUUCGCACGUUCGUGCAAGACCGCGGCCUACAUAAAACCGAGCAUUCUCAAAUCACCCAGGAAGAAUGUAUCCGCCUACUUCGUAACGCAGAUAAAUCCAUGACCUUCCGAUUCACAGCUCUCGCUGGCGAAAUUCGCAACCGCAUUUACGACGAGCUUCUAACACUCAACGACGUUGGCAAAUGCCACCCGCAAAUCCUGCGCGCUUCGAAGAGCAUACAUGGUGACGCUUCUGAAAUGAUCUACUCAAUUAACACUCCUACAGCUCGCUUCGUGGCCAACCACCUAUUGUUCCUGGAGACGCGUCGCGCUCCGCAUGAUUAUCGAUACGAGCCGAUCAUGAAGCUCAAUGCUCCACCUUGGCCACUUUCAUUUCUCAAGUUCGAAAAAGUCCGAAUUUUACUCGACGAGGAGGCACUGUACGACGCCGUGGAUCAAGGCCAUCGUCGAUCAGCUUGGGAGGACGUGUCUCGAUCGACGGCUGAAUUGUAUACACUGGUGUCAUUUUUGCAAAAGAGCACAUCACUGAAAAGCGUGCUCGUCGAAGGCAAGGCUUACGAGACAGUCAAUCACUUAGGACGGGAACCGAGCACGAUCUCGUUGAUGAUGCAGUGCUCCUUCGCAAUCAGUCGCCUCUGCGCUAACUUCAACGUCGACUUCAAGGGCAUGGACCACUGGCCGGGCUUCCAAGCGAAGGUGCGUGAGGAUGCUCUAGCUCACGCAGACCUCCUAACCCACGAUCUCCACCUUGGCAUGCAAUGCAUCUCCACCGAACGUAUCUACUGCCACUCCCUUCUAGGCACGCUAGGCAAAAUGGUCCCUCUCGAAGUGCUCGAGGAGUUCCGCAGACUCAGCCAUACGAUGUGUUGGAGAUACGACGCGGUGUGCUGGUUUGAUGCAGAUAUGGAGCAGCAUAUGAAAGACAUCAUCAUCAAGUUGACUCCGAUUCUUGACAGGGUUUAUGGCUUGGCGGCUUCGCGUUUGGAGUGUCGGCGGCGAUGGGAUCGGAAGACUGAGGAGUAUGUUGAAGCGCAUGCCAUUCGCUUGAGCUUGGAUAUACGGUAUGGGUGAAAGGUUGAUUUUCUGAUUGCUCUUGGCGGAAUUUGCGGCUAUCACUUGUGAAGAUCGCUUCCUCAGUUCGACAACAACAAGGCUUCAGUCCGCUAGCUAGCUGUGCAUGAGACGAUGGUUUAUGUGAGCAUUUGUGAAGAUCACUUGCAAAACCU